AUGUCGGCGAUUUUGCCCCCAAAAGCACCACGAAGGACGCCGUUGAAGCUCAGUCUACUCGGGACACCCAACAGCGAAGCCCAAACACCGGGUAUAUCGUCUGCGCCCCCCGCUUUGAGCGAGUCACCCGAUGCCACCAGCUCCAGCACGAGCUCGUCCGGAGCGAGAGGAGGAGGCACCGCGAGUGCACCUCCUGCCGCGAUAAGGCCGUCGCUCAAACUUGGAGCACUGGGUGGUCCGACUAACUCGCUGUCGAACCUGUCCUUGUCGAUCCCCAAUGACGCGGGGCCAUCGAGGUACCGAUCAUCGCUGCUCCGGGGACCCGAGUCAUCCUCGGACGACGAGGGAGACGAUUAUGGCGGGAGAAGUGCGCGAAACGAUGAUGACGAUGACGACGACGAUGAUGAUGGAGAGGAUGACGAGGAUCGACAUAAGUGGAGGACAGGACAGCAAGAACGCUUCACAGGAGAACUGCUCGACGUGAUUCGUGGCCCGGUCGGGCUCGAGGAUGAGCUGUCAGGUCGGACCAGACGUGCGAUGAGCGCUGCAACGGUACGACGAUCCCACUCGGAUCUGACGAGGAAGCCUUCGUUCGAGCGCGCAAUCAACGAUGGAUCGAUACAGGAGAACCCCUUCAUCGAGACCGAGGACGAACCAGGCUCGAGUAGACCGGCCACCCACGCUCACGAGUCGGACGGCGACCAUACGGUCAUGUCCCCGAGUCUGUUGGAUUCCGAGACGUUGGAGAUGACCGCGGAUAAGCUCUUGGAUCUGGGAAAGCUUGGCGAGGGUGCGAGUGGACAAGUCAGGAAAGUCAAGUUCCUGCCGACGGGGAUGGUUAUGGCUAAGAAAGUGAGUGCCGACGAAGGAUGUUCUUCGGUUGUUGGUUACGGCGUACUGACUACGACCCGCUGUCGUGACGCGUAACAGACCAUCUCGACCUCGCCAAAUCCCAAAGUACACAAGCAACAUCUGCGCGAACUCCUCUUCAUGCGAGAAUGCUCGCACCCAGGCAUCGUGCAAUACUAUGGCGCCUAUCUUGAGCUGGUGAGUCCCCGGGCGUUUGUCGGCUGUCGGCCGGUGAAGGAGUGAAACGAGUGCACGAGCUCACCGCAUGAAUCCCAUGCCCGUAGCACAACACCCAAAUCGAUAUUUGUAUGGAGUACUGUGAAGCUGGGAGUCUCGACUCGCUCUACAAAAAGGUCAAAGCGAACGGCUGGAGGACGGGAGAGAAGGUCCUAGGCAAGAUUGCCGAAUCGGUAAGCAUCGGAUGGGCUGGUUUCAACGCCUUUAACAUUGGCAAAGCUGACAAAGACUACGUCACACCUCACCUAGAUGAUCUCGGGGCUGUGCUACCUCCACAGUCGUAAAAUCAUCCACCGCGGUGAGCCACGAAUUGCCCUGCUUCGUUUGGGUUUUCAAAAAAGCUGACGCCGAGCGAUGUUGGCCUGAGUAGACAUCAAACCGUCGAAUGUCCUCGUCACGAUUGAUGGCCAGGUCAAGCUGUGCGAUUUUGGAGUUUCGGGCGAACUGGUCAACAGCAUGGCGAGCACAUGGAUCGGCACAUCGUUCUACCUCAGCCCGGAGCGCAUCAAGGGUGGCAAAUACUCGUGCGCUGGCGUCUCAGUACGAUGUCGAUGUAUUCGAAGUGCACGCGAACUGAGCCGCAAUUUUCAUCACUUCUAUGAACAGAAUCACGUCGGACGUUUGGUCGAUGGCCGUGACCGUUCUCGAAGUCGCGGUGAACCGAUACCCCUUCCCAGGGCCGGGCGAGGCCCCGAUCCAGAGCCCUGUCGAGCUGCUGAUGUACCUCGCGAGGGCCGACGUGGCCAAGCUCGAGGAUGAGCCGGAACACGGGAUCAAGUACACGAAUGGGUUCCGGAACUUUAUACAGUGCUGGUCAGUACACCUUUCUGCGGAGCGUUCUUUGGACAUCGCGUACUGAUCCCCUUCCCCGAUCUUUCAGCCUCGACAAGGACCCCGCUUCGCGACCUAGUCCUCAGAGCCUCAUGACGCAUGGUUGGAUUCGACGCAGUAUCGAGCGACAGCCUCCACCCGACUUGGCUCGAUGGGUACAGGAUCUGGGCCCAUGA